AUGUCUCCUAGAAAAGUCUCAAUUGUUUGUCUUCCUGGCGACGGAAUUGGACCUGAGAUUGUAGCAGAAGCGGUAAAGGCUUUAAAGGUAGUAGCCAAAUACCGAUCAGAGGUCUUGAAUGUCGAGUUUGAUUUUCAAUAUGAAUUGAUUGGUUUAGAUGCCAUGGAAAAGACAGGUGAACCUUUACCUGAUUCUAGUCUUGAAGCUUGUAAAAGAGCAGAUGCUAUUCUUUUAGGUGCCGUUGGUGGUUUACCUGGUGCACAUAUCAGCCAUGGUCCUCGACCUGAACAAGGCCUUUUAAAACUUCGAAAAUCCCUUGAUCUCUAUGCUAAUUUACGCCCUGUUUCAUUUGCAUCUGAUCGUCUUACAGGCAUUUCUCCUCUCAAGGAUCAUAUCGUUCAAAAUACCAAUUUUGUCUUUGUACGUGAGUUAGUAGGUGGUAUCUAUUUUGGUGAUCGACAAGAAGCUGAUGAAAAUGGCAAAGCUUAUGAUACACUUCCUUAUUCAAAAGAAGAGAUUCAACGUGUAACGAGAUUAGCAGCUCUUUUAGCGAGAAAACAGUCACCACCUAGUAAAGUACAUUCAAUUGAUAAAGCCAACGUGUUAGCUACUUCACGUCUCUGGCGUAAAACGGUGACAGAGACGAUGCAAAGCGAGUUCCUAGAUUUAGAAUUCGAACAUCAUUUAGUUGAUUCUUGUGCGAUGGCUAUGGUUCAAUGUCCUACAAGUUUGAAUGGAGUUGUGUUGACAGAGAAUAUGUUUGGUGAUAUCUUAUCGGACGAGGCCUCUGUCAUUGUGGGUUCCUUAGGACUUUUACCUUCUGCUUCCCUGAGUGGAUUACCUGAUGGUCAAGGUCGAUGUCUUGGUGUCUAUGAACCUAUUCAUGGAUCUGCACCUGAUAUUGCUGGUAAAGGAAUUGCUAACCCAAUCGCUACCAUCUUGAGUGCUGCCAUGUUAUUAAGAUAUUCACUUGGAUUUGAAACAGAGGCUCAAGCCAUUGAAGAAGCCGUUCGUAAAGUUUUAGAUUCUGGAUUUUAUACCCGUGACCUUCAUGGUGAUAAGUCAACGAUUGAAGUAGGUGAUAAGGUUGCUGAAGAAUUAAGUAUUUUAUUAAAAGAUAAACAUUAA